AUGUCUUCCUCCUAUCAUAAACAAGAUGUUGUUCAAUCACUCUUUGCGAAAGGACCUCUCGGCAUGUUGAGAGCCUCCCAAAGAGAACAUCCCACUCUCAAUCACAAUAUACAAAAAUUAGAGGAUUUUGUUAGUAUUCAUACACCAAAACAAGCCUUUUCGGGAAAGCCUACAGGGUUUGAUCAGUUGCCAUCAGAGAUUUUCGGAAUGAUUUUACAGUUUGCUGGUGUUGGUUAUAUUCCAAUCUUGUCUGUUUUGAAUACAAUGUGUCAUGAUUUGUUUGAGAGUGAGGAUUCAUUGGUUUAUAAAUUAUUAUUACAAGCCAUGAUGAAGAAGGAUGAAAAGUAUAUGGAAGAUGUGAGAGAAAAGUUGGGAUUAACGUAUAAAUCUAGUUUGAAACAAGCUGUUGGGAAAAUAAGAAGACCCUAUUCGGCUAUUGGAAAUGAACUAUUUGAUGCUUCCUAUAUGUUUGACUUGGAUAUGAUGGAAAGGAUAGCACCAAUAUCAGAGAUUACGGACAUGAGCGAACCCAUCUUGAUGAGUAAUUUUACAAUUGAAUUUUGGGCUAGAUUUAAGCAGAAUGUUAGUGGCGACUUGUUGACUAUUACUUGUUCAGCAUCACGUUCUAUCAAAUUAAGUCUUUCUAUUGGAGCUCUUUACAUCAAUUUUAAUACUACUGAUAUGAGAUUUAUUAAUUAUAUUGCACCAGAUCAGUGGCAACAUUUUGUGCUUGUCUUUGAGCAAGAUAACAUCAAGGUUAGAGUGAAUCAGGACUAUUUCUUAGAAUAUCCUACACAUUCAUUCGACAAAGAUUCUUUAAUUUCAAAGAUUGUAUUGUGGGAAGGUGUCAAUAUGUGUGCUGAUUUUACAGAACUAAGAGUUUGGAAUUAUGCCCGAACACUUGAAGAAAUUAAGGCAACUGCCGAUAUGCGAAUCAACCCAUUCACCAAAGAUUUGAAUUAUCAAAAUUUAAUCUACUACUUUUAUCCAAAUACUGAAGAUGGAGACACUGCAGAAUUGAUUACGAACAAGACGCCAUAUAUUGGCCUCGAAUGUAAGGCCAAGCUAAAAAUGCAACAAAUGUCAUUGAAAAAGAUUGCAGGUCAACGAGUGGGUUGGUUCGAGGAUCUUUGUUUCAUUCUAUAA